UGACGUUGGCGCAGCGUGCGGUGUGGUGCGCCCCUUCGCGGGGCUGAGCGGCGAGUGGGAGCGCGGGGCCCAACUACGGGAACCGGGAGAGCGAGCAACGGCAACCAGAGCAGCGGGCGGGGCUUCAGGCGAAUGAAAGAGUAGAUGUAUGCCAUGGCCAUGGCAUUAAGGUGUCUCCGUCAGCUACCUCCCCUGCUUCAUAAUUCUCUCUCAGGACUAGUAAGGCCACCCCUGCAAGUACCUUUGAGGCAUACAGCUCUGAUGCUGAAUGGCUGCAGGCAGUGUGUGGUCCACCAGACAAUGCUGACCAGACAUCUAGCUACCAAGAAAGCCAAAGCUAAAGGUAAAGGGGAGACCCAAGCCAGAGUGAAUAUCAAUGCUGCCUUAGUUGAAGAUAUUAUCAGUCUAGGGGAGGUAAAUGGUGAAAUGCAGGCAGUGGUGGAAGUCCUUAAGGAAGAAUUUGGGAAAAAUCUCAAUAUAAGAACCUCACCAGGCGCUCUUGAUCAUAUAACUGUGACAACAAAAGAUGGAAAGUUUCCAUUAAACCAGCUUGGACAAAUCUCGCUGAAAUCUCCUCAGCUCAUUAUAGUAAAUAUGGCUAGUUUUCCAGAGAAUACAGCUGCAGCUAUCAAGGCUAUAAGGGAGAGUGGAAUGAACCUGAACCCGGAAGUAGAUGGGAUAAUAAUUCGGGUGCCAGUUCCUAAGGUAACAAGAGAACACCGUGAAAGCCUGGCCAAACUCGCCAAACAGCUUACGAACAAGGCUAAGGACUCCUUGCGAAAGGUCCGGAGUAACGCUGUGAACCACGUGAAGAAGGCCAAGAGCACAGUGUCUGAAGACACCAUUAAGCUGGUAGAAAAGCAGAUCCAGCAAAUGGCAGACGACACUGCAGCAGAGAUGGACAAGCUCCUGGCAGGGAAGACCAAGGAGCUCCUCGGCUGAGUGCAGCUUGGACAGACACACAGUCAGCAGUGACUAUGGACUGCAGACAACCGCAGACCAAAUGUUCCAUGCUUGGCCGUAGCAGCUUAGUGUGACUGGCAGGGCGGACUGGGUCCUACCUCACGAGUAGAGUUAUGCUGUGAUUACUCAGGGAAUUGGCCCAUGAUCAGUGUUGGGGGUGGGGGAAUCUAGUCUGUAUUUCAUUGAUUCACGCAAUGACAACUGAAUUUGGAUAAAAUAAGGUUAAGAGGAACUGAGGAAUGGCUCUUAGUUGUCAACUUUCACCAUGGCAGCAGCCUCUCUCUGCCAGUGGCAUUAAAGCACUGAGCGGUUGGGUGCUCAGAUUAGUGAAUGUUUGUCCCCUUUGCAGAUCUCUUUCUUACAAUUCCUGCCAUGAAAUUCCCACUUAGGGCCUGUCUACACUAGGGUCAGUUUCUCUGGUGUAACUAUAUCAGUGUUGCUAACCAGGUAUAGACAGGGCCUUCAAGUCAAUAGCAGCAAGCAGGGCCACCCGGCCAUUCUGCAGGUGUCUCCCCCAGGCGGCUUGGCUGAAACUCAUGCAUUGGACAAGGGCACUGCAUAGAUUUGUCCCAAUGGAACAGGAGUGCUCAAAAAAACAGGGCUUUCACUAGCUAGAGUCCAGCCACACUGAGCAGAAGGUUGGUCUCGCAGGAUCCUCCUUUCAGAGAAGGCCCCGUGUACCUCUCAAUUCUGAAGGCUCUGCCUAGAGCCUUCCCAGGCUCCUUUGGGUUCCAGCUACCCCUAACCAUAAUGCUGGGGGAAGAAAGGGAAGCGAUCAAGGGAAACUCACAUGUUCAUUGCCCUGCUGUGAACCAGGUCAUUUGUUUUCAGCUAAAAUAAAAUCAAACAGAGAUGUUAAAAAACACCAGGCAGUUCCCUGUCACUCCAUCCCCUUCCCUUUGCAGGAGAGUUUACGUACCGCUCGCCUGCAGCCUGGCCCCUGUUCACGCAAAGGCUCCCAGCACGGUGUGGCAGACGGGUUGCAGCACA